CAUAUAUUUUUGUAAAGAGCCAAAAGAGCCGAGCCGAACGACCAUCACCACCUUCUAUUGGCGAUGUCCGAAAAACUAGUAGUGCGCUAUGAUGACAUAUGGGGAAGGGCAUCCGAGCAGUGAGCAAUGUUGUAUUUGGUUGUAUGUGUAACUUCUUAUUUAUACCUCAGUGUGUGUAACGCCGAGUAGGGGAGAUGAUGAAGAUUAGCCUACGUGCUAUGUAAAAUUGUUACAGCAGCACAGCCAUUCGUAACUAUUUGGCUCUCGCGGUUUUUGGAGCGAAAGGCUGCAUUUAUCGUGUUACAUUUGAUCCUACAUGUUAUCGCUUUAGUAUUAGCAACAACUUCGUCUUUUUUUUGUUGCGUUGCAAUAAUGAAAACACAGUGAUCUGACUGCCGCACUUCUCAUCUCUACAAGAUUCCAUCGAACUUCCCGAAGGCCUGUUGUCACAUAUUACUGGCCACCGUGAAACCUUCACCUACUGUACGGAAACCUUGCCUGUCUAUGACCUUAUGUGACUUGGCUUGACUUUACUGAAAUGGCAACUAGCUUGAAAAACUGCUUGAAAAAUUGUUGACAACUCAAAGGACAACUUCACUGAAAUGACUCCUUCAUGCCACAGAAUCAGGUUGUUCUGUUCUGUUUAUUCUCAUAAGAAGCCUCGGGAUAUAGGAUACUGAGGAUACAUCUCAUGUUUCUUUCAGGAAUUCUAACAUUAGUCUAAUAAACCUUUUUUCCGACUUAUUCCUGGACUCUUAUACUCUUCGCCUCUAGUCUGAGUCUAAGUCUCCAAGUUGCUGGUUUAUCAGCAAAAAAAAUUCUCUGAAAUUCUUAAAUUGCCACAGGGGCAGUGCUUGUGUACAUGCUUUUCUUUUGAUCUUUUGACUAUCACCCCCUCUCUCUGGAUGAUGAGGUAGAGCAGGUCUCUCUCUCUCUGGGUGAUGAGGUAGAGCAGGUCUCUCUCUCUCUGGGUGAUGAGGUAGAGCAGGUCUCUCUCUGAGUGAUGAGGUAGAGCAGGUCUCUCUGGAUGAUGAGGUAGAGCAGGUCUCUCUAUGGGUGAUGAGGUAGAGCAGGUCUCUCUCUGGGUGAUGAGGUAGAGCAGGUCUUUCUCUGGGUGAUUAGAUCGAGCAGGUCUCUCUGGGUGAGCAGGUAAAGCAGGUCUCUGGGUGAGUAGGUGGAGCAGGUCUCUCUGGUUGAUGAGGUAAAGCAGGUCUCUCUGGGUGAGGAGGUAGAGCAGGUCUCUGGGUGAUGAGGUAAAGCAGGUCUCUCUGGGUGAGGAGGUAGAGCAGGUCUCUCUGGGUGAGGAGGUAGAGCAGGUCUCUCUGAGUGAGGAGGUAGAGCAGAUCUCUCUCUGGGUGAGGAGGUAGAGCAGGUCUCUCGCUCACUCCUUCAUAAUGUAGCAUUGUCCACGAUUUACCCAGUUUUAUCAGUUCUGCUUGACUGCUUCAAGCUUGUCGUCUAAGCUCUUAGAAAAAAGGGAUCCAAAAUGGGUAUUCAUUCGGCUGUCCACAUAGGAGAACCCUUUUAGGUUCCACAUAGAACCCUCUGUAGAAAGGGUUCUACAUGGAACCCAAAAUGGUUAUACCUGGAACCAAAAAGGUUCUACAAAGGGUUCUCCUUUAAGGUUGUAGAUUUUUUUUUAAAGGUGCUAAGAGAUUAUAGUUAGUAGUUAGAUUAUAAUUACUUUGACCAGACAGAUUCACAGCAAGGCCAAGCUAUAGGCCUACCGCAUGUCUAUCACUAUAUCAUUUAUCAUUGACUUUCAGGCAUUUGUAUGAAUUUCAAAGGAAAUGUAUGAAUAAACUAUCUUAAAAACUACAGUUGGUUCUUUGUGAAAGCAUGUCUCCUGGCAGAAAUGUUUCUCUUGGUGAAAUGACAUGAAACAAAGCAAUGAGUGUAGGGGUUGAAUGCAUAAAUACUUUCCAUGUUCUCACACACUCACAUUCUGAAUUGAAAUAUAACUCACCACUUUUCGCUCUGUUCCUGUUACAUUUGUGUUAGUGGGUCGGAGUGCGGAUCCUAUGCAUUUGUGUGCAUUGACGACCAAGAAUGUAUACAAGGAGUGGGCUCUGAAUUCUUGCUUAAUCUACAGACAAAGGGAGUACAGUUUCAACUGAUCUCCCUAGCACAGGAUGAAGGGUUGGACCGACGCUCCGCGCGAUAGGGGCUGGUUGGUGGGGAUUAUCUUCUUCAUCCUGGGCCUCGGGACGCUACUACCAUGGAACUUCUUCAUGACCGCCUCCAUGUAUUUCAACAGCCGCCUUAACAAGACUGAAUGGAGCAAUGGCACGAUGGUCUCCCACAAAGAGUACUACUUCAACAACUGGAUGACUCUGCUGUCCCAGCUCCCCCUGCUGCUCUGCACUCUGCUCAACUCCUUCUUCUAUCAGCGGAUAUCGGAGAUGGUGAGGAUAGCGGGCAGCCUGGUCUUCAUCUUCAUCCUCUUCAUCCUCACUGCCAUCCUGGUCAAGAUCCCCAUGGAGGAGGACCGCUUCUUCUCUGUUACCAUGGCUACCAUCUGGUUCAUCAACUCGUUUGGAGCGGUGCUACAGGGCAGUCUGUUUGGCCUGGUGGGCCUCCUUCCUCAGAAGUACAGUGCUGUGUUCAUGAGUGGCCAGGGGCUGGCCGGCACCUUCGCUGCUAUUGCCAUGCUGGUCUCCAUAGCCAGUGAUACGGACUCUGAGACGGCUGCGUUGGGUUACUUCAUCACGCCGUGUGUAGGAACCCUGAUCACUUUGCUUAGCUACCUCCUACUGCCUCGCCUGGAGUUUGCCCAGUUUUACUUGGACAAGAGCAGGAGUUAUGAGGUGAAGACCGCAGAUGAGCUGCUGAAAGUGCCAGAGAGUGGCACGGCGGUGAACGGCAAGCUGUAUGGCUCAUUGGCCAAUGGAGGUGCCAGUGGCAAGGAGGUGGAGGAAGAGGGGGCUGGGGUCAGUCCCAAGCAGGCCUUCUUAACCCUGGAGCAGGCUGAGGUCAGGGAUAGGAAGUCCACUGUCAUGGAGGUGUUUAAAAAGAUAUGGGUGAUGGCUUUCUGUGUGGUUUUUGUCUUCACCGUCACUCUCGCUGUGUUCCCUGCCAUCACUGUGGAUGUCAAGACCAUAUAUCCUGGGAAAUGGGAACCUUAUUUCAUCUCUGUGUGCUGCUUCCUCAUUUUCAACGUGUGUGAUUGGAUCGGCAGAACCGUCACCACCCUGGUCCAGUGGCCCCCCAAGGAGAGUCGUCUGUUCCCGGGGCUGGUCGUCUCCAGGGUGGUGUUUGUUCCUCUGCUGAUGUUCUGUAACGUCCAGAGCCGUUCCUACUUCCCCGUCCUCUUCUCCCACGACGCUGCCUUCGCUUUCAUCAUGAUGCUGUUCUCCCUCUCCAACGGCUACUGCGUCUGCCUCUCCAUGUCCUACGCCCCACAGUUGGUGGCUCCUAAAGAUGCAGAGACAGCCGGGGCCCUGAUGACUUUCUUCCUGGCCCUGGGCCUCUCCAUCGGGGCCGCCCUGUCCUUCCUGCUGCGACUACUGGUCUAGACACACACACACACACACCAGAGGACCACCACCAUCAGUCACCGCCAUCCGUUGUCAAGUGACAACAGCCACCUCCAUCCGUAAAGUGACGGGACACGCCAUGACAUCAUCCACUUCCAUCGUCAUACUUAGAAGGACCCAGGCUGGGAAUAGAGCUGCCUGCAUCAAAAUUAUAUUAGUACUGACCACAAUAGAUAUUAUACCAGGGAUUGAAUAUCAUCUCACCAGCUGCCUGACAUGCACAACACGUAUUGAAAUAAUUGAGAUACGAAGGGUAUGACGCUACAUUAAUGCUAGAUAGCUACUAUACAACUGAUUUACAGUGGUUAGUAGUAAAAGUCUCUGGUUGCCUGACAUCGGACAACAAUGAAUGGACACAGUCGGUGCCAAACAGUUUUAAACUUGGGCCGUCAUUUUUGAGUUGGACCAUUUUAAGGAGUUUUUUUUGUAUAAUGUGUGUUUUCUUGUUGUUUUCUUAAGGCACUAACCUUAGUCAAGAACUGUAGCUAGAGGAGUUUAUGGAGAACUAAUGGAUUGUUCCACAAAGUAGAUCAUGUUCUCAUGGAAGUCUUAUUUUCAUAACGACAUCAGAUUAAAUCAGGAUUACUAGCUCUGAUGAGUAAGUACUUAUAUUUUUGAUUUAUUUUGGAUAUCAUGACGAUAUGAAAUAGUACAUUAUUUUUGCACGGAAUAACCAAUGAAAUUAUUUCCCUUAGUUUGCGUUUGGUUACAGAUAGGUUUCUUCAUUAUGUUAUUUGCACAUCAGUACAAAGGCACUACUUUACACAGACAACAUGGACAUUGGUACACUCACUCACUCACACUCAUGUCAGCACACUCAUGUCAUUCUAGCCCAUUGGAGUGGAGAGGACCACUUGGGGUGUGUUCAAUAGAGUGAAAUGUAGUUCAUAGAAAAUACUCUAUUCGCUUCCUGUUUAUGUCAGGAUAGUGGCCCAGUAGGACUGGUUUUAGAAACAGGAUAUGAUGCAGUGUAAUGAUAGGAACAGAAGGCAGGCAGGUUAUGGGAACCAGACCACAUUCCACUCCUCCUCCUUCCCACUGUUCUCCUGAGGGUAGCGUUCAGUCUGACCAUAACAGGGUUUCCCAAAUUCGGUCCUUGGGGCCCCAAGGGGUGCACGUUUUGGUUUUUGUCCCAGCACUACACAGCUGAUUCAAAUAAUCAACUAAUCAUCAAGCUUUUGAUAAUACGAAUCAGCUGUGUAGUGUUAGGGCAAAAACCAAAACGUGCACACGUUGGGGUCCCGAGGUUCGAUUUUGGGAAACACUGCCCUUCUGUGCAGCUAACCUACCUAUUAACCUGUUGCUGUCUAGUCACUUUGUUUGAACAGAGCUUUGACUUUAGGUAUAAUGUACAAAGGUGUGCUGUGACAGAUUUGUCAAAACAAAAGGGAUAUACUCCCUGCUUGUUGUAAACUGGGUGUUGGUCUCUAGCUUUUGGCUUUCCGUCAUAACAAAUGUUUCACUUUUUGUCACCAUGAAAAAGUGGCAGCUAUUCUGUUUCGAUUAUGUAAAUUCAUUGGAUUUAAGUAACAGCACUUGUUUUUGUUUCGCUGUUGGUCAUUUACUAGACUAAACUAUAGUCUUUUGAACACAGAUAAAGAACAAGAAUAGCUUCUAGCUGCCCCUGGUUGACGAGCCAGCUAAGGGUAAGGUGUCUGUAUCUGCCAAUAUUUGAGUUCAUAUUACACAGACAGUGGGAGUAAAACACAUGACAGUAAGACAUUUUUAAAUACAUUACCAUAACACUAAAUCACAAUUCCAUAAUUCUCUGCCAAUUUUCAUUCCAUGAUUGUGUCAUGGCCACGAUGACUUAAUGGAGUCAGAUUAUACAUUAUACAGAUUAUACAUUUAACGGUGUGCCAUUAAACAUUAAUCGACAACCAUUUCUUAA